AAGCUAAUGCGUCGAUCAGGCUAUUCAGUGGAGAACCCCAUUCAGUCCUUCAACCAUCCACAAUCGACCUAAAAUUCCCACGCGCUCAUUGACACAUGAUUAAGGAGGCAAAGCAUUCCUUUGUUGCCAUUUAUUCCAUACGUCGACCGGUUCCCCCUCCAUGGUUUCAACCCUAGCAUGUGCCAGUUGUACAAGUACACUAGUAGUACAUCUUCUUCCACUCCCAACAUGCGUUCGGCGCCAAUCAUUCCGACUGGUGAGGAGGAUGGAGAGGGGGGGGUUGGUUUAUGGGGCUAACAAUGCUGUUCGUUUCACCCUCGUGAGCGGGCAGGAUACUAUUCUUAUUAUUGCAUUGCGCGUCGUUCAUGGCAUGUACCGGCGCUUUACGCCGUGCAAGCUGGUGGUGAUUGGUAGGGGAGGCGGGCGCGGGCUGUACUUCCUUAGCCCUCAGAAGUUGGGCUCUAGGCUGGUGUACUAUACCUCGUUCACUAAGAGGACGCUGCUGCGCCAUGUCAGCUCUCUCUCUCUUUUUUUUCUUCUAGGCUGUUGUUUCCGACUUUCGUUUCUUCUUUUUAUUUUUUUUUCUUUUGUGAUUCUCUGAUUCUUGCCCUUCCUUUUACUCGAUAUUAUUGUAGAGACUUUCUAUCCGGGCAAUUUCUAGGUGCAUAGUGUUCAUUGUGGAGGGCUCUUUUAUUUCAGGGUCUCUUGAUCUUUGUAUGUUGAUAUGUCUGGCUUCAGACGCAUGUUGAGACGUUAACUGUUGUUAGUCUGUGUGCACCGUCGACAC